GCCAUUGGUCGAAUCAUAUGUGCGGGCAGAUUGAAAAUUUGCAGUGUGUAAUGGUGUUGUACGUGAAAACAAUAAAUAUUCUGCUUAUUUAUUGACCAUUAACAUUUCCUUCUGGAUAAAUGGAUAAUAAAUGGGAGUUUGAUGCUCCACAAUUCAUCGAUUUUACUCAACCAGAUGCCUAUGAGCCAUUUUAUGAUGAUAGUUGGUUCGAUAGGCACACAGAAGCAGAUGACUUCAGAAUUCAGGGAAAACCACAGAGAGUUGUCAAAGGAACAGCGCCUGUCAGAAGUACUGAUAAGAACAGGGUAGAAAUGGAGACAGAUGAGAAGCCUUCAAGAAAUUCUAAUAAGAAAUCUCAACCAGCUAAAAAAGAUGGAAAAAACAAUCCUGAAAAUAUUGCUGAGAAUCUUGGUCCAUCUCCUAAGAAGCGUCUAAAAUUAUCAAAUGACAUCCCUAUGGAUACAGAAAAGCAUUUAGGAUCUAGUCUGACUCAUCUAAAAGCCUUUCCCAAAGACAAUCUUGUCAGUACCAAUGAUGAUCAGGAACAGAAUUUAGACUCCCCAGCAGCCAAUACAAGAUUGAAAGCACAACAGACCUUACAAGCUUCUCUGGAGUCCGGCUCAGUGGGUUCUUCCUCCUUGAUAAAGACUCAACUCAAAGAGUCUGUUAAUGAAUCAAACAAUGCUAAAAGCCUGAGCCCUAAAAAGCAAGUGAGGUCCCCCAAAGCCACUAAAGCCUGCCCUCUGACUCGAUCUCAGAGCUUGAGGGUUAAAAGUUUAUCGAAAUGGAGCAGCACAGGCAACAUGAAGACAGCUGGAUUAAAAUCUGGUUCUCCCAGUCGACUAAAUUCAGUCCAAGAUUUGAACAAAGUAAAAACCUCAGAGGAAAUAGAGCUGGAAAAAAUAGCUUUAAUGCAAAAGGAGGCGGCAAAGAUACGUAAAUUAGCACAGGAAUCUUAUAAAAAAGCAAUGAAUGCUGAUGGUUAUAUACCCCUUCGAUCCAAGCAACCUGCAACAAUGCCUGUACUUUUUAAUUUUAAAACUGAUGAAAGAAUAAAGAAUGUUGAUGGACCAGUGAGCGAGCAUAAAGUAAAGGAUUUCACAAAGUCCUUACGAGAAGCUUUACCAAUUGCAACACUUCCUGGAAAGCCAGCUAUUCAAGGAUUGACCAGACCUCAACCCUUUCAUCUUCAUACUCAAAAAAGCAAUAAUGCCUGUCAGCCAGCUGUUAAAUAUGAGUCUGUGGCUGAGCGUGUGGCUGCUUUUCAUAAUAAGACUCCAGAUAGAUUCAGAUCCAAACCUAACAGUAGUAAAGAAAGAUCCCGUUCUGCCACAAAAUCAAAACCAUCCUCAGCUGACAAGCGCAUACGUUCACAAUCACCAAAAUUAACUAUUCCUAAGACUCCAAACCUUACAACAAGGGGAAGGUCACGUCCUGUCAAUAUUCCCACUGCAGAAGAGAAAGAGCUCAUGGAAUUUGAGGAACAUAAAAAGCAGCUUUUUAAAGCCCACCCUAUCAACCACAAAAUUUUAGAAGCAACCCAACUGGGAGUGCCAAAGGUGGCUCCUAAACCACCAACUGUGGCUGAAGAAUUUAAUUUCCAUUACAAGAAAUCAGUCAGUGUUGGUGACCUAAGGAACACAACAACACUCAGCCAAGAAGAAGAGAAAUUUGAAUUUCAUGCCAAGCCUGUCAAUCCUAAGAUAUUGCAGGGACCUGUAGGCAUAAAGCCAGUAGAACCCCAACCAAUCACUAUACCUCAAUCACCAGCAUUUGCUCUGAGGAGUAGAAUCAGAUUACCUGUUGAAGUUCCUAAACAGGAAGAAACUCAGAGCACCAUUAAAGCCAAUCCUGUUCCAUUUAAUGGUGUGCCCUUUAGACCAAAGCUGGCACACAGUGUGACUAUACCAGAGCCCUUCCAAGUGGAGGAAAGGAGCAGAGAGAUGUUAACCAAGCGAGAACAGAAGAUACAACAGAUCCUGGAGGAAGAACGCAGGGCACGUGAGUUUCAUGCAACCAAUUUGCCCAGUGACAGUCCGGAUACAUUACCUCCCAAACAACCACGCCCUCCUACGCAACCAGAACCUUUUCACUUGCACAUUGAUGAGCGGGGAGAGAAAUACAAGCAACAGUUUAAAGCCAAACAGAUGGAGGAAGAAGAAAAAGCUGCUGUUGAGGCUGCUAAUUUCAAGGCUGGGCCUAAUGCAGUCAUACAUAAGGAACCAUUCCAACCACAGAAAUCUAGCAAACCUUUAACAGAAAUCAGUGAAUUUGAUUUGAACACAGAGCAGAGAGCUGCACAAAGGGAGGUGUUUGAUCAACGCACCAAAGCUCAUGAAGCUUACCUAGAGGCUGUGAAGAGACAGAAGGAAGAAGAGCGAGAGAGGGAAGAAAAAGCUGCUGUUGCUAGAAUGCGCCAAGAAGCAGUCCACAAAGCCACUGGAAUUAAAAAGUAUAAAGCUGUGGUCCUAAAGCCAAGUGAUAAACCUUUGACUGAAGCCAAAUCUCCAAAGUUCUCUCAGCGCCUCAGGUCCAGGUUUGAAAACACACAGAAUAGUGAUGUGUAAACUUUGUGGUGGUGGUGGACAUGUGAAACUCAAAUAUAAAUUAGUUGAACAUGCUGUAAAUAAACAAGUCUUUGUAAUCCUAAUUUUAUUCACCCAUUCAUUUGAAAAGUCCUACUCUCCCUUGAAAAACAUUGAUUUCAGAAGCUGUUUUUUUUUAAAUUGAAAAUAAUGUUUUAUUUUCUUUAUGUUUUUUUUUAAAUAUCUAUUUUCUAUACAUUGUUUAAUAUAUUCUACAAUAUAUAUAUAGUGUACAUAACUGUUAAGCAAAAAAUUGCCUUGUAAGUAUAAUUUUAAAGAAAGUGGCUUAGGUUUUAUUUCAUAGUACAAUAAUGAAAGCUCUUAGUCUUCUGGCUAAUAUUAUCAAUGUUAAUGUGAAGAUGACUGCUGAAGACUUGUUCAUAGACUGGCCACUCAUCACAGCACGUUAUAUCUUAUUGUUAUAGCCCUUUGUUCUUAUUCAUGUACUGCUAAGUAUUGCCACAUGUGCCCGGCCCUCCUCACCUGCUUGUGAGUGUAAGCUUGUUAACAGAGAUGUAUGACACUUGAGAUGGGAGAGUUUGUGUAAAUAAAGAAUGUGGUUCACUCAUUUCUUGGUUCUUGGUUUUUACAUUGACUUGAUUCUUUGCGUGGCUGAUGUGAAUGUAAACCCAUGGAGGCUAAACCUAUUGGUUCACUAUAUCCUUAAAAAGUACUUCAUUUAUGCCUGUUGUUUGCGUACAUUGUAUAAGCAGAUGAAGAAAUUAAAUAUUUUUUUUUUGUGGA